CACCCGAACGCUGACGCCAGUGGCGUACAGACUGAUUCAGUUUGCAUCAUGAGAAUUGGAUGUAUAAUGGGAGACAUAGUUCAAUUAUCAGUAUAUUGAGGACUUCAAAUCUUCAAUCGUUGUUUUUUCAGAUUAAAUCGGAUAUUGAGCGUUCGAAUCGGAUAGGUUCAUUGAAAUUUCUACCCUCCAACUGAGAUUACACGCCAUGACAUCCACGAUUUUUAUUGGGGCCUUGGUAAUUAUGAAAAGCAAAGAAAUUGGUUAUUGUCGUGUGUCAAAAAGGUAGACAUAUUGCGAAGAAAAACAGAAGCAGAGUAUAGCAGACGACAUAAUUCCUAUAAGUACUUUAUCAAUUGGGACGAUAAAACACUUGAAGUGUGCCAGCAGUUUUUAUUAAAGACGCUAGAUAUUUCGCAAACGGUUAUGCGAUAUGCAAUGAAACAUGCUGUACAAAAUACAUGUAAAAGUGAUCAUAGAGGCAAACACGAACCUGUCAACAAAACAAGUUCAGAGAUGAUCAAUAAAAUACACGAUUUUAUUGAGCAGUUGCCAGCUGUACCAUCCCAUUAUUGUCGAAAUCAAAGUAGCAGAAAAUACUUACCACAGGAAUUGCGAAAUGUUAGUUUCUUGUACCGGAUUUUUAUUAAACAUGAGGAGGUAAAUGGAAGAAGCAAGAAAGAAUGUGUUUCACUCAAAGUGUUUAGAAAAGUUUUUAACAAAGAUUUUAACCUUGGGUUCCAUUUGCCUAAAAAAGAUAAGUGUUCUUUGUGUGAGGUACGAAAAGAUAAAGAAUAUCAAGAAAACACUACGUCGAAAGAGGAGUACGACAAACAUUUAAAAGACAAGGAAGAAAGUAAAGAACUAUUUUUAGAAGAUCAAAAGAAAGUCAAAGAAGUCUCAGAUUCAGUUUGUUCCAGCUUUGAUCUACAGAAAGUCUUAAAUACUCCCCAUGGGGAUAACAUGUUAUUGUACUACUCUAGAAAAUAUUCAUUUUACAAUGAAAGCAUAUACGAAACGCCAUCGCAAGAUGGAUACUGCUUUUUGUGGGGUGAAUCCGAUGGUAAUCGUGGGUGCAACGAAAUAUGCACCAUCAUUUACAAUUACCUAAAAAUGUUAGAUGAUAGAGAUAUUAGACAUGUUAUUUUGUACUGCGACAGCUGCGCCGGACAAAAUAAAAAUAGAGCAAUGUUGGUCAUGAUUCACUUAUUUUGGCAAAAAUCAAAAAAUAUUAAAACCAUCAAAAUUGUAUUUCUUUUACCGGGGCACACCUACAUGCCUGUGGAUUCCAUACACGCAGUUAUCGAAAGGUUCAUCAAAAAUAGAAUUAUAUGGGCCCCUUCAGAGUGGAGCACCAUUAUAGGAAAUUGCAGAGUUAACCCGAGGCCAUAUAAAGUUAUAAAGCUUGAGCACUUUGAGUUCAAAAAUUGAAAGAAGCUAGGGGAUGAGCAGCUCGUCCUUACAAAAACAGGGCUAAAAAUGAAUAGUGUAAGACAAGCUUUUUUUCAAAAAGGAUCACCGGAAGUCGCAGUCAAAUAUACCUAUGACAGAAGUCCUGAAUACGAUUUGUGUUUUGAGUUGAACUACAAUAAGGGUGGUCGAAAACGACAAGAAAAGGCCUUUUCUGAACCUGAAAGAAUUUAUAAGCAACUGCUUUCAAUAUCCGAAUUAAAAAGAAGGGAUUUGGAUAAACUUUGCAAAAACAAUGUCAUACCUGCCAGGUUUCACGAUGAAUUUUUUAAACUGAAAUCAAAGUCUUCUGUUCAAGAUGAGUUAGCAAAGAGUGAUGCAGAGGAUGACAAGGAGGAUGAAAGCUCCGAAUCUUAAUAAAAAAUAAUAUGUAUUUUUUACUACUUAGUAAGAAUUUAACAGUUGAUUUCUGUAACGUUAUUUUAUGUGUUUUUUUUUAUAAUAAACGAUAACUUUUAAUUCUUUCCAUAAUAAUUUAAGUGCUACAGUUUGCCGCUAAGCUGACGUAUCUGGGUACUUACGUUACAUUUUUGAUCAAGACUUCGAUAACUUUCAAUUCUUUCCAUAAUAAUUUAAGUGCUACAAUUUGCCGCUAAACUGACGUAUCUGGGUACUUACGUUACAUUUUUCAUCAAGACUUCGAGUUUUAU